AUCGGUGAAGUAAUUGCGAAGCUUCAUAUGUGAACAUGGAGUUGUCAAAUGUGGUAGUGCUUUUGAUUCUGGGAUUCGCAGGAAUUUCCUGCAUGAAGCCAACCCUAAUCAACGAAUGCAAGAAAGGAAUCCCAAACGCUGAACGAUGCGUUCUGGCUGUUGCGGAAAGGAUGCGCCCUAAGAUCGCAAAGGGGGAGUUUCCGGAAGGUUUCACCGUUCCACGCCUGGACCCGGCCUUCAUCGAGCGGCUGGAGGUUACGGGAGAUUCGAACUUUAGUGCAGUGUUUGAGAAUGUGACGGUUAGCGGGUUGAAAGCGUUCCACGUGGAUAAACUGACUGUUCACACAUCAGACCACCAAAUAAGUCUUGUAACUAAGUUGGAUUCUAUUCACCUUAAGGGCAAAUACACCAUGAAGUCAAACUUGAAGAUGCUUCCCCCAGUUGAUGGCGCUGGUGAUGCGACUUUGGAGUUGACCAACGUCAAAGUGCUCGUGCGCUUGCACUACUUCCUCAUCGGUAAGAAGGGUGCCAAAACGGUCCGUUUUCUGCCGACCGAGUUCAAAGUGAUGUUCGACGGCGAUGCCAACUUUGCCCUCACGAAUGCGCUGCGCGGCAAGCCCGACCAGGUGACCAACGAGGCCAUCAAUAAGAUGCCGCACGAGAUUCUGAACAAAACCAAACCCGCCGUCCAGAGGCACCUGUCCGAGACGUUCACCACGAUCGUGAACCACCUGAUGGAGGAUGCCGAACGGGAGCGGAAGUAGGUGAGGUAGGUUAGGU